UUGUAGAUUUAGGUCUUUAAUCCACGUUGAGUGGAUUUUUGUGUAAGGUGUAAGGUAGGGGUCUUGCUUCAUGCUUCUGCACGUGGAAAUCCAGUUUUCCCAGCACCAUUUAUUGAAUAGACUGUCCUUGCUCCAGGAAUUAGUUUUAGAUCUCUCUGUGUGUUUCCCUAUUAAACAAAAAGGAGAUACAAAAGGGAAAGCAGAAAACCAGAGAAUGAUGAAACCUCUAAAAGAUAACUAACACACAACAGUAUUUUCCAAUCAUGAACGAUCAACAUUAAGUUAGUGUUGACAUAACACAGUCCUGGCAUUUAGAGCACAAAUAAGUCAAUGAAAUUUGUAUUAUUGUUAAAGUAUAUUUAACUGCUUCUUAAUUACGCUUAUUUAGAAUAUUGUCUUUGAAGACAAAAGGGCAUUUCCUAUUCUUUUUUAUUAAAAGACUUGGUUGCAUUUGACUAUGUUCAUGGACUAGUUAUGUCUAAUGUUCUGGGUUUCUUAACUUUUUAAAGUUGCUCUAAAAAACAUUCUUUUAAUUAUAUUUCUUCUGUGGACCUUAGAGUUACCCUGAUGUUAUACCCAUGAUUAGCUGAAUUAAAACUAUAUGUAGAAUAACUAUAUGCAAACACUGUGUGCCCAUGUCUCCUUUUUCCAUCCCUAUCUCUUUUUCCAGAAGGAGCACAGGCUCUGUUGAAACACAAAAUUGGACGUGUGUCCCAGAAUUCCAUCUCAUGGGCUUCUCAGAGGAUCCAGACCUGCAGUCCGUCCUGUUUGGGCUGUUCCUGUCCAUGUACCUGGUCACAGUGCUCGGGAACCUGCUCAUCAUGCUGCUCAUCAUCUCUGACACCCAUCUGCACACCCCCAUGUACUUCUUCCUCUGCAACCUGUCCUUGGCUGACAUGGGUUUCACCUCCACCAUGGUUCCCAAGAUGAUUGUGGACAUCCACACUCACAGCACAGCCAUCUCCUAUGUGGGCUGCCUGACACAGAUGUCUCUCUUUCUCAUCUGUGGAUGCAUGGAUGAUUUGAUUCUGACUGUGAUGGCCUAUGACCGGUUUGUCGCCAUUUGUCACCCACUGCAUUACCAGGUCAUCAUGAACCCCCGCCGCUGUGGCUUCUUGGUUUCAGUGUCUUUUGUGGCCAGCCUUUUUGAUUCUCUGCUGCACAACUUGAUAUUAUUACCAGAUACCUGCUUCAAGGCAGUUGAAAUUUCUAAUUUCUUUUGUGACCCUUCUCAGCUUCUCAUUCUUACAUGUGAUAACACCUUCAACCAUGACAUAGUCAUGUAUCUUAUUGGUAUCAUAUUUGGGUUUUUCCCUAUCUCAGGGAUCCUCUUCUCUUACUAUAAAAUCGUGUCCUCCAUUCUGAGAGUCCCAUCCCCAGAUGGGAAGUACAAAGCCUUCUCCACCUGUGGCUCACACCUGUUGGUCGUUUGCUUAUUUUACGGAUCAAGUUUAGGCGUGUAUCUCAGUGCAUCCUUCUCCACCUCUUCCAGAGAGAGUGCUGUGGUCUCACUGAUAACCCUGGUCACCCCUAUGUUGAACCCCUUCAUCUACAGCCUGAGGAACAGGGACAUCAAGAGAGCUCUGCAGAGAACUCUCAACAGAAUAAGCUAAUCUCACUGCCCUUGCUAUCCUUGUGUUCCUAGAACUGAAAUGGGCAGCUUCAAGAUGUCUAGAAUCAGUCCUAAGGUCACAGCAUGUGAAGGCAUCUAUCAUCUUCUCCAUGUCUUUUUUUUUUAUUUUUUGACAGGCAGAGUGGACAGUGAGAGAGAGACAGAGAGAAAGGUCUUCCUUUUGCCGUUGGUUCACCCUCCAAUGGCCGCCGCGGCCGGCGCACUGCGGCCAGCGCACCGCGCUGAUCCGAUGGCAGGAGCCAGGAGCCAGGUGCUUUUCCUGGUUUCCCAUGGGGUGCAGGGCCCAAGCACCUGGGCCAUCCUCCACUGCACUCCCGGGCCACAGCAGAGAGCUGGCCUGGAAGAGGGGCAACCGGGACAGAAUCCGGUGCCCCGACCGGGACUAGAACCCGGUGUGCUGGCGCCGCAAGGCGGAGGAUUAGCCUAGUGAGCCGCGGCGCCGGCCCAUCUCCAUGUCUUUUGGGCUUCUCUUUCCACAACCUUUCCUCUCAACAUAUGGGAAGCUAACGCUGUAGGCUGGGGCUUUAACUUGCUGUGUCACUGUGCAGGCCCCAGGUUUGGAGCUCUUAAAAAAAUCACUACUCUACUUUCCACAUUUCUUUAAUAAAAGGUCACUCAUGGUCACUAACCUUAACUACAUCUGAAGUGUGGUGCCUUUCACUCAUCUCUUCUCUCCCCACUCAGGCCUCAGUGUUGGAGAGAGUCCCUUUAGUUACCAUUUCUGUUCACAUGUUUUUCCCUCUUUACCUCUGUCCUGCAGUAGCUAUUGGACCCAUUGCCAUAUUCCGUUCUCUGCAUUAUGAUAACUGGAUUUGUUUCUGUUUCUUGACUGAUGAAUACAUCACAACAUGGGGCAAAAGGUAGAGGAUGAGCUGUGAUGGGAGUAUUUAAAAAUGUGCACAAGGGGGCGGCACUGUUGCAUGUUAGGUUAAGUCUCUGCCAGCAGUACUGGCAUCCCAUAUGGUGCUGGUUCAAGUCCUGGCUGCUCCACUUCUGAUACAGCUUCCUGCUAAUGGCCUGGGAAAUAAGCGGUGGAUGGCCUAAAUGCUUGGGCCCAUGCACCCAUGUUGGAGACCCAGAAGAAGCACCUAGCUCCUGGCUUUGGAUUAGCCCAUCUCCAGCUGUUACAGCCAUUUGGGGAGUGAAUCAGUGGAAGGAAGAUCUGUCGCUCCUUCUCUUUCUGUAACUCUGCCUUUUGAAUAAAAUAUUUUUUUUUCAUGUGCUCAAGAAAUCAAGCCAGUUUUCAAUAUCAGUCUUCUCAUAAACACAAAAGAGGCAGAAUUUAGGGUCUUCUCAUUUCUGUUGAUGACACUCAUCUUUUGAGGUGGGUGUUAGUGCCAUGUGGGAUGCCUGUACUGCAGGGCCUGGUUUUGAAUCCUAGCUCCACUCUGAUUCUGAAUUCCUACUAACGUGCAUCCUUGGAGGCAGCAGGUGAUGGCUCAAGCAGUUGGGUCCCUGCCACACACGUGGGAGAUGUGGACUGAGUUCUUAGCUUCUGGCUUUGGCCUGGCCCAGCCUUGGCUGCUGUGGGCAUUUAGGGAGUGAACUAGUGGAUGGACAACAUUGCUCUCUCAAUCUCUCAGUCUUGUCCUUUCAAAUAAAUAAAUUUUUACAACUAAAAAAAAAAAAAGGAACAUUCUUCAUGUGAGGGAAAAACAGCGAAUGUCUUAUUUUAUUGUGCAAACAUAACUCUCCAGACAUAGUAUGUCUGGCAGGUGAGAACCUUAAUUUUUUUUUAAAGAAGGUUUGCUUAUUUGAAAGGAAGAGAGAGAGAAAGAGAGAGAGUGAGAGAGAGUGAGAGAGAGAAAAAGAGAGAGAGAAAGAGAGAGAGAGAGAGUGAGAGAGUGAGAGAGAGAGAGAUCUUCUGUCUGUUGGUUCACUGCCCAAAAGGCUGCAAUGGCUGGGCCAGUAGCCUGGAAGUCCAUCCUGGUCUCCCAUGUGAGUGUCAUGGGCCCAGGCAUUCAGACCAUUUUCCACUGCUUUCCCAGGUGCACGGGCAAGGAGCUGGAUCAGAAGUGGAGCAGCCUGGACUUGAUUGGUGCUGAGAUGAGAUACCAGGUGGCAGGCAGCAGUUUAACCUGCUGCACCACAAUGCUGUCCCUGCCCAAACACUGAACGAGGCAAUAGCGUGUGCCUCCCACUCUUCAGGUUUCCAGUCCAUCCAGCGGGAAUGGUUCCUGUGCUUUCCAUCACCGGAGGUGCCAUGAGUGUUAGCCGGCCCAUCACCGGAGCCACCACAGGUGUUAGCUGGCCCAUUCCCGUGCCUGUCUUCUUGCCAGUCCUCAGGACAGAGCCUCAGCCCCCAUGGGUCCCUGCACACAGGAGGGAGAACAGAUUUGUGCUCCUUGGCCAUGCCCCUGAGCAAGGCAGCACGGCCUGCAGGGUGCUUUGCGAGAUGCUGGGUGUGGAGGAUUGUCAGGAACAUAUUUCCCCAGCAUUAGUUCACAUCAGAUGGGUGGGAAAGCAAGACUGGCUGCCCCGACAUGCCAGCUUUCAGCUCAGAGGUCUGUAAUGUUUAUGCUUUUCAGUCUUGUUGGGAAUUUGAGAAUCCAACUGGUACCAAAUGCUUGCUCCAUGACACCAUCUUGAGAAAGGAGCCACAGUUGGAAUCUGUACUGCUGUAGGAGAUAGAAACCCCUGUAUGUCCUCAUCCCUGGGGAUCCACAGUCACUCCACUGUACAGGCAAGAGGACCACAGCCUCAUAAACCUAGCUAGACCCAGCAGCAACAGCGACCAACAUUUUAGCCUAAGCGGUGUCCUGCACUACACUGGUCAGGUGGUUCUGCACAGCAAAGUGGGUCCUAUUCCCAAAACCUUAAGAAGGAGUGAUCACCUCUGUGGAUACAGGACCAUCUCCUCUACUUCCUCAACUUUGACCCCACCAGGGCAGUGCAAGCUCUGGCUUUGGUGGGUGUGAGCAGUGCUGCAUGUUUGUCCCAAACUCCCGCCCAGCCAUACUGUGGAUCCUUCUGAGCCUGCCCUGGCUUUGAGGGGACUUCAACACCCUACUUUUUCAGUGUACAGAUCACUGGAAAACAAGCAUCAGAAUUAAACUAUACUAUAGACCACAGCAGGAUACAUCCUCUUUCCAUCAGCAUGAACCAACGGCAAAGGAAGACCUUUCUCUCUGUCUCUCUCUCUCUCACUGUCCACUCUGCCUGUCCAAAAAAAAAAUAGUCUUUAGGAUACGCUAUUGAUUAGGCCACAAAAAAAAAUCCCAGCAAAUUCAAAAAAAUCAAAAUCCUAUCACAUUAUCCUCUCUGACCACAAUGGAGUAAAACUAGAAAUGGUCAGCCAAAGAGAAAAUAACUCUAGAAGCUAUCCAAAUACAUGGAAAUGGAACAACUUGCUUCUGAAUGAAAAAUGGGUCCUUGAAAAAUAAGGAAAAUUUAAAAAUUCCUUGCAUCUUAUGAAAAUAGAAACACAACAGCUCAAAACUUAUGUCAUAUCGGAAGCAAUUCUAGCAUUUCUAAUGAAAAGUUUAUAACAGUAAGCACCUACACACACACACACACACACACAAAUACCACAACCUAACUACAUCUUAAGGACCUUGAAAAGCAAGAUACAACCAAGCCCAAAGUUAGGAGGAAAGAAAUAAAUAAAAUAGGAAACUAAAAUAGAAAAGAUUAAUGAAGUAAAAAAUUUGGUUUUUUUGAAAAGAUAAAACAUACAUCUUUAGCUAGAGUAAAACCAGAAAGCAGACUUCAAUAAAUAAAAGCAGAGAUGGAAAAGGAGACAUUACAAAUGACACCACAGAAGUAUAAAGAGCCAUUACAGACUAUUAUGAAUGACUACACACCAACAAAUUGGAAAACUUUGAAGAGGAGGACAGAUUUCUAUACCUAUAACUGACCAGGAUUGAAUAACAAAGAAAACCUGAAUGGAUCAAUAAAAAGUAGUGAGAUGGAAGUGUAACAAGAAGUCUCCGGACAAAGAAAAGCCCAGGACCAGAUGGCUUCACUGCUGAAUUCUAGAAAACUCCUAAGGAAGAACAAACAGCAAUUAAUCUCAAAGUACUCCCAAGUAAUCGAAAGGAAGGGAACCCUUCCAAAUGCAUUCUAUGAGGCUAGCAUUACCUUGAUUUCAAAACUAGUCAAGGACACAACAGGAAAAAAACUAUAGGUCAAUAUCCCUGAUGAACACAGAUGCAAAAAUUCUCAGCUGUAUACUAGCAAUUGGCAUUCAAUACACACACCAACAAAAGUCCUUUAGCAUGAUGAAGUCUGAGUUCUAUCAGGGAUUCAGAAAUAUUCAGCCUAUGCAAAUCAAUAAGUAAUAUAUCACAUCAAAAGAAAAAAGGGCAAAAUUCAUAUGAUCAUCUCAGUAGAUGCAGAGAGCAUUUGGCACUAUUCAGAAUCCACUUGUGACUGAAAAUCUUAAAUAAAUUAGGUAUAGAAGGAAUACACCUCAACACAGUAAAGGCCAGAUGGGACAAACCCAUAGCCAACGUGAUACUGGAAGGAGCAAAGCUGAAACCAUGUCCUCUAAGAUCUGGAGCCAGCCAGAAAAGGUUGUCAACCUUCACUGCUCUUAUUCAGUAUAGCAUUGGAAGUUUUAGCCAAAGCAGCUAGGCCAGGGAAAGAAAUAAAAGGCAGACAAAUAGGAAAGGAAGAAAUCAAAUUGCCCCUGUUUGUAGAGGACAUGAGUUUGUAUGGAAAUAAAGCUGAAUACAUUCACCAGGAGACUAGUGGAACUUAAAAACAAGUUCAGUUGCAUGGUACAAAUUAAGUGUGCAAAACUCAGUAGCAUUUCUAUAACACCAAUAAUGAACUGCACCAGAAAGAAGUAAUUACAAAAAAUUGUAUGCCUUGCAAUCCAUUUAACCAUGGGUAUGAAAGAUCUCUACUAUGAAAAUUACAUAACACUACUGAAAGAGGUAAAGAAAACAAAACAAAAAGACUUGCAAGAUAUAAUUAAAACGUCCAUACUACCUGAAGAGGUUUCCAGAUUCAAUGCAGUCUCCAUGAAAAUACCUACUACAUUUUUCAUGCAACUAUUAAAAAUUUAUAAAAUUCAAUCUUGAACAAAAACAACAAAGUGGGAGGCACCAGAAUACUAGAUUUCAGGACAUUCCACAGAGCUAUUUCAACUAAAACAGCAUGGAACUUGCAUAAAAAUAGUCAUGUAGAACCAAGAGAGUGAUUGGAGAUCAAAAAAAUGAAUCCAUGAAUCUAUAGUCAACUUUGACAAAGUUGCUGAAAACACACAUUGGAGCAUGGACAGUCUUUUCAGUUACUGGCAAGGGAAGACUGUAUAUCCACAUGCAGUUAAUUGAACUAAGAUGUUCCCUUCCUCCUAUACAAAAAUCUACUCAAAAUGGAUCAGAGAUCUAAAUGUAAGACCCAAAACUAUCAAAUUGCUAGAAGGAAAAGGGAAACACUUCAAUAUAAUACCACAGGCAAUGUUUUUUUUUUUUUGGGGGGGGGGAUAAGAUCCCAAAAGCACAAAAAAGAAAAGCAAAAACAUAUCAGAUUGUAUCACAGAGAGAAACUUCUGCACAGUCAAGGAAGCAAUCAGCAAAAUGAAGAAACAACCAAGAUAAUGUGAGAAAAUAUUUAUGCUAUUCUUCUUAGAAAGGAUUAAUAUCCAGAAUAUAUAAGGAACCCAGAAAACCUAAUUAGAAAACAAAAAAUCAAGUUACAAAAUGGGCAUAGAGUAUGAAUAGAGAUUGUGCCCUUGGACUGGCCUUCAGGGAGAAACAUACACAUUUAGCCCAAUUCCAGGUGUGCAUUUCUGGUUCCACAUGCUUAAGGAGUUAUUUGGAAGGCAAAUGGGACUUCUAAUGGCAGACAAUAAAGAAACAACACAUGGGGACUCUAAUACUGUAGUUACUGGUGAUAGUAAAGGGCCCACUGAAGUAGCAGUUAU